AUGUUUGUGAAAUAAUCUUAUCACACUACACGAUUUACCACCUAAUUUGAUGAAUAAAGCAUAGUGGAGAUGAGAGAAUCCUCGAAAUUGAAGCAUUAUCGAAUGACGACAUCAACGAGUCUAAACUAUUCCAGACGUCCCUUCAUUCAUACAAAGUCAAUUCCAAAAUCUCUAAUUGAUGAGGGUACAUUAAAAUGUUGAAUUCUCCUUUUAGGGUUCAGGUCCAAGAGUAUCCUGUAUCAUAUGUAACUCCUCUCAAACGAAGUCAAAAUGAAGAUUAGACCAAGUAGGAGAGAAAGAGAAAGGACAAUCUUAUUCACAGAUAACAUGGAAUUAUAUCAUCACAAAUCAAUCAAGAGAAUCAAGGAAAUGAGCAGACGCAAAAGUUGUUCAUGUGAUGGAUGCGGACCAAAGACCAAGUUUGAAAGAAAACAUGAUGAUUUUGAAGCAAGAACACAAUAAGCGAUUAGUUCUGAUUUGAAGUUACUGUAAUUUACUAGAGCAGGCCAGAAGAAAAAACAAACUAUUAUCAAAGAAAUUAAAUUGAAAUAGAUUCACGAAAAGAAAUCCAAGAUCUCCUAAGAAAUUGCCAACCAUUCACAGAUCUAACUUAAUUUGCCUUCAACAAAAAGAGAUAGUUUCUAAAUUGAAAAACAAGAAACCGAUAGAAACAGACUUAAAACCAAAGUCGACCUCCUUAGAAUGCUACCUUCGAUUAAAAGCAUUGUCUCUCUCACUGUACUAAAAUAACUCUACAUAGGAGGCAGAUAGCAACAAUAAAUGAUAUUUAGAAAACCAUCUCAUGAUGCAUUGAUCAUAAAAACUUAUAGAAUAAAAUGA